UCGGUCAGUAGGCAGUAUUCUUUCUCUUCGGGUUCAUUGCUGGAGUCAGACGCGAUCGUACGUUAGAAUCGCGUUAAUGAUAAAGUGCUUUUUAGAUCUCUGAUUUAUUAAAAAAAAUAACUUUUUAAACUUUUAACUAGUUUGUUCCCUCGAAGAGAAGUGUUUUUAAGUAAAAAUCAACAGUUUUUGCACAGAAAAUCUAAAGUGUAAGGUACCUCAAGCUAGCGAAAAAGUAAAAUGGCCGAUAAUCAGGAUCAAGAAAUGAACGGCAACGGCCAAGAAAUCGAUCAGAAUGGUGAAGAAAAGCAGGAAAAUGGUGCAGAAAGCACUCCGGUUCGGGAUGAUGACAGGUUGUUGAUAGUGACAGAGACCCAAUAGCCUCUGUGAGACAAGAAUGGACAGCUGAGAGAGACAGACAUGUGGGAUUCUGCACCAGGCUGUGCGAGAGACUCAAGAGAUGAAAGAUGAGGAACUGAAGGAACAUUUUGGACAAUAUGGCGAAAUUGAAAGCAUAAAUGUCAAGACUGAUCCCAACACCGGCCGUUCGCGUGGAUUCGCAUUCAUAGUAUACAAAAGUGCCGAAUCGAUUGAUAAAGUCGUUGCGGCUGGUGAUCACGUCAUUAACAAUAAGAAGGUCGACCCGAAGAAAGCCAAAGCCCGCCAUGGUAAAAUUUUCGUUGGUGGUUUAACCACCGAAAUCAGUGACGAUGAGAUCAAGACAUUCUUUUCACAGUUUGGCAACAUUGUUGAUGUUGAAAUGCCAUUCGAUAAACAGAAGAAUCAACGAAAAGGUUUCUGUUUCAUCACAUUCGAUUCGGAGCAGGUGGUAAAUGAGCUGCUGAAGACGCCCAAACAGACUAUAUCUGGCAAGGAAGUGGACGUUAAGAAAGCUACUCCAAAACCCGAUAAUAUGCAGAUGGGAGGCCCAAUGGGUGGGCGAGGUGGCAUGCGUGGUCCACCACCACGGGGCAUGCGAGGUGGACGCGGGGGACCGGGAGGACCCAAAGGUUAUGGACAAGGCUGGGGUGGACAAGGAUACGGCGGCGGAUACGGUCAAGGCGGAUAUGGUGGAUACGGUGACUAUUAUGGCGAUUGGGGAUGGGGCUACAACGGUUAUGAUUACUCCCACUACGACGACUAUUACGGAGGUUACAAUGACGGCUACGGAAUGAAUGGAGGUCGACCUGUUGGCCCUCGUGGGGGUAAAGGUGCCGGUGGUUACCAGGGAGGCAAGCAGCGAGGUGGCGGAGGUGGUGGAAAUCGUCAACCAAGGCAUACACCGUACUAAGUUCUAUAAAAACCUACCCUGUCCUCUCCCAUUUUUAAUUAUACUAUAGACUAGUAGUUUAGCACCCAAACCAACAUGAAUCCUUGAGAUGAUGAAACAUUAGAAAUAAGCCAAGUAAUAACAAUUCCUAUUCGGGGUCCGAUAAAACAAUUGUAAAGAGCGAAACAAGACCGCUAGAUAAAGACAGCAAGUAAACCAGAGAUAUCUGCAGCGAACAUCCAGCACCGACAAACAGUGGCAAAAUUUCCAGGGUAAAUAUUGAUUCAAAUGGAAUCGUUCGAAAUGAAUUGAAAUGCAGAGGAGUUUCACUUGUGUCAUGACAUCAAUUAACGGAUCAAUGAUUUUUUUGCUUCUCGCUCCAUUGCAGCGCUCUCAAAGUAAUUGUUCUUAAGAUUCACAUUAAUAUUAGAUUGCACAAUAUAAAAGUACAUUUUCGUAAUCGGAGAAGAUUAUUUUCCAUUAACCACGAUUUGAAAUAGAAUAAAACUUUUCAACUCAAUUGAAGAUUUUUUUUUAAUAUACCGGAUCAGGAAAAUGCUAACUUGAUGAAUUUAAACGCAUUAUGACAAUUCAUUCACAAGACAAUGGCGUUAAGCAUAUUGAAUGCAGUAUUAAAUUUUACUGUACCUCAUGUUUCAAUGAUUGGUAUAAGAUGCGAAUAAAAAUACAUUUUUAAUGAUAGCUCAUUACAUAUAAGUAUUUGAAAGUUUACCGUUCAUUUGUAUCACGCCAUUAUUCUUCAACUCGCGACUCAUUAUAAUUUGUCCAGCUACAUGUCAGAUUUUUUCGACGGUUCCAUUUGAAUUUCAGUUGACAUGCAUCCUAUUUCGAACUGUGUUUUCGCAGAUGUCUCCUGUUUUUAUCGUGAUCUUGGUUGUCUAUAGCAGACAACAAUUGAAGAUUUCAGUUAUCACUUUCCACUAAGGAGACAUCGUUAAUCGGAUACAUGACUGAUAAAGGAUAGAUUUAACAAUUUUGCGGAAUGUAGCUCAAGUGUAUUAUUCGAUCAUUUGUUCUCGUGGGCAGCAAAAAUGGUUACUUAGGCGUACGUAUACAAAGACUUGUACUAUACUGAUAUCGAGUGCCCUCGAAUUGUCGCUCGAGACAAUUCAAACGAUUUGUUUCGUUUAUUCAUGGCAUUUGUCUUAUUCCAUAAACUAGGAAUACCUACGAAAAUUGUGAUGCGUACUGUGCGUUUGCUCCCAGUACAGAGUGCAUAAGACGAGAUUGAACAACUAAACUACUUAAUUUAUAUUUUGAUAGGAAUUAAGAUGCAGACUCAUACAACUCCAACUAUUUAUGUAGGUCAGAACUUCAACAUCAAUAAUGUAUUAUAUUUUAUUCAAUGAUCACAAUAAAAUAAAACAGUAAACCGCCAA